AUGCUCAUCACCGGUCUCGUUGUCGGCCUUGUUCUCGGACUGCGAAAGCGCGAUACCCACGGUGUGAGCCAAGGCCCUGGCACCCUUCAACCUUACCCAGGGCUUUCAUCCGCACUCGGGACGCCGAAGCUUGUAGCCAACGGCUUAUCUGGCAUCCGCGCUUUGGUGUUUGACAGCGCGACAGGCAACCUACUCGCAUUUGCGCGGGACCCGCAGCAAGUCGUUGCGAUCGCCGUUGCUGCCCCUUCAAAGGCCGACAACUCGAAAACGGUGCUGUUGGAUGUUUCUUCCGCCAAUCUGGGCCUCAAUCACGGGUUUGCCGUCCACGAUGGUUAUAUGUACGCCAGCAGCGUCACUGACGUGUAUAGAUGGAAGUACACCAACGGCACCAUCGCCGCGCCAGACGCGCGCGAGAAUAUCGUCAGAAACAUCGACAGCGGAAUCCAGCUCGGGACCCCUGGGGCAACCGCUACUGGCCACGUAACUCGUAGCGUGGUCCUUGAUGGGAGCUUCAUGUACGUCUCGGUCGGCAGCGAAGCCAACGUGGAUACGAGUUCACAGCGCGCUCGAGUUCGUCGGUUUCCGUACAGGACAUACACCGGCACCCCAUUUGAUUUUCAGCAGGGGCAGAUAUGGGCGGACGGCGUGCGCAACUGCAUUGCGAUGAACUUUGAUGCCGGUGGAAAGCUUUGGGGUGCUGUUACGGGCCCUGAUGAUCUGCAGAGGACGGAUUUGACGGCGGACCUGCAUCAGGAUAGUCCGGUGGAGAACGUUUACCUGUUUGAUCAGCCAAGAUUCUAUGGAUAUCCGUUCUGUUUCCCUGCGGGGAACUUGACCGGGACCUUUGCUGAUAGCCCGACGGUUGGGAAGAUGUAUGCGUGGCCUGAUUCACUGAACGACGGCACACACACAGACGCAUGGUGCCAAUCCCCAGCCAAUGUCAAACCGCCAGAUGCUGCGAUAUCAGCGCACUCGACUCCCAUAGACCUGGAGUUCCAGCCCAGCACCGGCGAUAUGCUCAUCUCUCUCCGCGGAAGUUGGAACCGCGACAUUCCUUCUGGCUACGCGGUGGUGCGUCUACCAUUCUCAGCACCCGGCGGCACCCCGAAAGUCGAUCGCGUCACGGACAGACUCUUGUGGAAUGAUAAUCAACUCCGGUGCCCCAGCGGAUGUUUCAGACCAACGGGGAUCGCGCUGGUGGGAAACUCGACGCUAUACGUCGCGAGUGAUGUGACGGGGGAUAUUGUGAAGAUCAGCGUUUGA